UCUCGCGCUCCACUUCACCAUGGCAACGCAAAAGCUACCGCCCAAGCGUACCCUGUUUGUUUACAGUUACAUGUGGCAGGUUUGACCUUUUUAUGAACGUUUAACGACACAUAAAGAAGAUGUUUCUUUAUUUUUGAAUUAUUAACGCCUUCAUUAAUUUAUGAAACACUCCAGACUCAGUCAGGAAAGUCUGGAUUCAUGUAGCUCGACACGAUGCUAGCAGUUAGCGCUAGCAUCCAACGUUCAUUUUUCACAGAGUUCCCUGAGAUGUGAGUCUUGUUAAGAUGUCCUCUCAGGAAAACCCGACGCAGGUGAUGCCUCUUUGGGGGCUCGCCAUCCCUCUCCCAGCGGUGCUCAUGAUCACUGUGGUUCUCUAUAUGAUCGUCCUGGGCGUCGGGCUGUGGAUCAGAUAUUGCCUGAAGGACCGUUGUUCUUGUGACUGUGGCGGCUGCUGUCCAGGGAUUUCUAUCUAUGAACAGUGCUUCAAGCUGGCAGAGAUGUGCCACUGCAACAUGCCGACUGCAAAAUCCUGCUGGAAAGAUUGCCCCCCUUGUCCUUCUUGCACCUGUUGGAACUGUCCCUGCAGCUGUCAGCCUCCUGAGUGCGACUCCUGUCACUGUCUCUGCUUCGAGAUCAGGAUCAAGUGACAGAAGAGGACUGAGGCGCCCUGAAGCCUUCGUCAGCUGAGUGACUUUAUAAAAAGAGUUCCGUGCAGAGAGAAGAAGAGUGACCUGAUGACAGAGAUCCACAACACGACAUGAACCGUCACAUGUGAGAGUUCUUAAUCGGGGCCAUGGUGAAGACUGCUGAGCGACGUUUACAUCUGAAGAAGACUCAGAAUGAUUCUGCUCCUGUCAUCUGGUGGCAUCACACUUCUUUUCAUUCCAUACCUGCAUCACUAGAUAACACGUGUAGUGAUGGAACAUGUUUGCUGAGUUCAUUAGGUUAAAGGAAAAGUCUCACUCUGUUAAAUCCAGAUGUUUCUGGGAACUUAAGGGACGUCAAGGUGAGCACCAAACAGUUUUUACACUGGCAAGCAGACAUCAGAAACUUUGGUUGACACUGUACAUAUCUUUUUAUUUAUUUUUUUAAACUCUAAUUUCACUCUUAAGAACAGCUGUUGAUACUUUUGUACCUCAAGAAGAGACGUCUGGGGUCGUAGCUAACUACACAAGAAGAAACUGGACGACGAAUGUGUGCACACGUUGUUGACAGAGAGAGUACAAAGGAUCAGAUCCAAUCAUCAACAUCUCUGACUGUAGCUGAUUUGUAGAUCCUCACAGGAUGUUUACAAGCCAAACUUUCCCACAAACAACUUUUUAAAGUUGUCACACAAUCAUAAAAUUCAACACUAAAGAAUAGAAACGCUGCCUCGUUCUGAAAACCAGCCUUUUCUACUUUUCUCUUGUGUUUUUUUUUUUAUACCUUUGCCAAACAGUGACGACCUGUUCAAGCCUUUAAACUCUGUGAUUGAACUGACACCUGCUUUGUUGAAGUGCCUUCUUGUUCAGUUUCUGGGCUUAUUCACAACAUAAUUGUGACUCUUUAGAAAGCUGCUUCCUGCAGUGUUCCAUCAAACCAGCAGGGGGAGUAGUGCACUUGUUUUGUAUUCUUCAGCAGGUGGUUUGUCCACAUUCGGUGCUUCAGUGAGUAUUUCAGACGUUUGGUUUACAUUGAAUUCAUAGUUUUAACUGCUGUGACACUGACCUGUUGUUUUAUACGUUGUGUUUUUAUGAAGUUUGAUUAAACUCUGAGUUGUAAAAAAAUGAA